AUGAUACCUGUUAGCCUGGGAGAACCUCAGGAAAACGUGCCAACCACAGAGGGGGCACAGCUUCACAACGAUCCCGGGGACAUAACUAGCAUGCCUAUCGAUUAUGUUAUGCAUGCCCUCGCCACAUACAAAAGUAACAGUCACCUCAAAGAUUUAACACCGACACUCUCUCCUCCAGCAUCUGUAGUGUUUCCCCGAACGUCUCAACCCCAAGUGCGAUUGGAGGUUCCGCCAAUAUUAACGUCAACCUCAUCUUCGGCCUCUGUCCCCUGUUCUUCUUCUACGACUCCAUCCCUAGUGUAUCUACAAGAUCAGCCCAUUUCUGUCUAUACCGUCCCCAUGUCUAGUAACGGCGACGUCCAGUAUUUGGUUCUUUCUACCACUGCUCCGAGGCAUCCUAGGCUGCCCUGCCAGGGAAUUUCGCUCAUUCAAACCCCAAGAUAUAUUCCUGUCAAGAUUGAUUCCCGACAGGCGCAGCUACGCCCGUUCCCGGAUCCACAGAAGCAAGUGCAUUCGUUCGGGAUAUCGAUGCCCUAUAAGACCACUCGUCUCAAAUGGAGCGCAGAGAUGAGCAGAGACUUAGAGAAUGUGUACGAUAAUCUCUUGGCUGCACACGUGCGCCCAACUCAGCGAGUUGUCCACGAGAUUAUGAGGGAGAAGUAUCCAUUCAUGACUGAGCUUCAUGUUCAAUCCAAGCUCCAAAAGCUCAGACAGAUAAAAAAGCAGUGA